AUGACCGAGCUGCCACAAGCAGGGCGACAGCGCGACAUGAAGCCGCAACCCGCCACUUCUCCCAAUGCACCAGCCGAGACCAAGGAGUGUCACUUCUUCAAACUACCGCCUGAGCUUCGUUUCGCCAUCUAUGAUGAAGUGCUCUCGACAACCGACUUCGUCCAAGACCAGGGCCUCGAACCUCGAAUUGUCCGACCUUCGCUGCUCGCCACGUGCAAAUACAUCCAAGUUGAAGCAGUACCGCUGUACAGGAACCAUCUCGGCAUGAUGCUUGCGAAGUGUACGAGCGGGGCUGCGUCGAUUUUGAUGGAGUUCGUAGAGCUACUCGGAGCCUCCCAAAACGAUUUACACGCGGAGCGUCGGCUCACCGUUGCCCUCAAUCGACAAUUGGCCAGAACGCGGAAAUACGUUGAGGAGUGUCAUGAGUCAGCUCGAGAGGAGCUGGUGGACAUCAACAGAGCCGUCGGCUCAGCCUCGCUGUAUCUGAGAAUGGACUGCAAGACAAGAACAGCACUUGCAGAGUCUUUAGACGAGCUGGUGAUGGUUUCAGUGGCACUGAAGAGUCAAGGCGAUUCGUAG